CCUGCAGCAGCUCCGGUGUGGGGCCGGCCCUGCGCGGCGGGUGCGGGCGGCCGCGGGCGUGCGCUCCCCGUCCGCCCGCCCAGGGCAGGCUGGCGGGGCCGGGCCGGGCCGGGCCGGGCCGGUGCUGCUGUCGGGGAGGGGACGCGGAAGGCAGCGGCGGCACCGGGCAGUCCCACCGCACCUGCCCGCCGCUGUCCCUAGGCCUCGGCGGGAGCUGCCCUCCCCCGGGGAAGGGAACUGCCCCUGCCGGUAGAGAGCGCGGGCGCCCAAGGAGUGGGAAGGGAAUUAAAAUGCUUUCUAUGGGGACUUCUGCUUCUGAUGCCAGGACUCUUUUGAAGACCUCGUUUAUUGCAUGGUUUAAAGGAAGAUGAUGUUGUUAGUGAAUUCUGAGCAUCCUUUGGAAGGCUGAUGACCCUUCUGUUGUUGGUGUGUGCUGUCAUGGACAGCUUCAAACGCUCUUUUCCAAAACACCACAGGCAGUUAAUGCAACUUAUAAAGGACUCCUGACUUCUUGCAUCUUCCUAAGUCCUAUCUAGAUGCCACCAGUGUUUCCCAUGUUAACAGUUCUGAGCAUGUUUUACUACAUGUGCCUUCGGCGCCGAGCUAGGACAGCGACGAGAGGAGAAAUGAACAGUCGGAGGGCUAUUGAAUCGAACACCCGAGCCUUACCUAUCAACGUUGAAAUAGUUCAGUAUGCCAAAGAAGUGUUGGAUUUCAGCUCUCACUACGGCAGUGAGAACAGCAUGUCCUAUACCAUGUGGAAUUUAGCGGGGAUUCCCAACGUGUACCCUAGUUCUGGUGACUUUACCCAGACUGCUGUCUUUCGAACUUACGGCACCUGGUGGGAUCGCUGCCCGAGCGCUCGGCUGCCUUUCAAGAGGACACCAUCCACCUUCUGUAGCCAAGACUAUGUGGAACUUGCUUUUGAAGAACCAGUUUAUCCCACGGCAGUGCACAUUCUGGAAACCUAUCACCCUGGAGCUGUAGUCAGGAUUUUGGCAUGCUCUGCAAAUCCUUACUCACAAAAUCCACCAGCUGAAGUAAGAUGGGAAAUACUUUGGUCUGAGGCACCUACAAAGGUGAAUGGUCCUCAGGCUCGGCAGUUCACACCUUGUAUCAAACAGAUAAACUUUCCCACAAACUUAAUCCGACUGGAAGUGAACAGCUCCCUUCUGGACUAUUACACUGAAUUGGAUGCAGUAGUACUACACGGUGUGAAAGAGAGGCCUGUGCUUUCACUUAAGACUUCAAUGAUUGAUAUGAAUGAUAUAGAUGAAGAUGAGGAUGAAGAAAAAUUCGCCUGUGGAAUGGACACCCUUAAUAAACAGUUCAGCAUUGUUACCCUCAGGGAAUGGCCAACUAAUGGAUAUUUUGAUAAACUGCCUUAUGAGCUCAUCCAGUUGAUUUUGAGUCACCUUACAGUACCAGACCUGUGUAGACUAGCACAAACUUGUAAGCUACUGUAUCAACAUUGCUGUGACCCUCUACAGUACAUUCAUCUCAGUUUACAACCUUACUGGGCAAGGAUUAAUGACACAUCCCUGGAGUACCUACAGUCUCGCUGCACUCUCAUCCAGUGGCUGAAUUUAUCUUGGACUGGAAACAGGGGAGCCAUCUCUGUUUCUGGAUUUAGCAGGUUCCUGAAAGUCUGUGGCUCUGAACUAGUACGUCUUGAGUUGUCUUGUGGCCAUUUCCUCAAUGAAACAUGCUUGGAGGUCAUCACUGAAAUGUGUCCAAAUCUUCAGGAAUUAAAUCUCUCAUCAUGUGAUAAAAUACCACCUCAGGCUUUCAACCACAUAGCCAAAGUGGGCAGCCUAAAGCGCCUCAUUCUCUACAGAACGAAAGUGGAGCAAACAGCCCUGCUCAGUAUUUUGAACUUCUGCUCGGAGCUGCAGCACCUCAGCCUGGGCAGCUGCGUCAUGAUUGAAGACUAUGACCUUAUAGCAAGCAUGAUGGGAGCAAAAUGCAAAAAGCUUCGCAGUCUGGAUUUGUGGAGAUGUAAAAACAUAACUGAAAGUGGGAUCGCGGAAUUGGCUUCAGGCUGCCAGCUUUUGGAAGAACUUGAUCUUGGUUGGUGUCCUACACUCCAGAGCAGUACAGGCUGCUUCACAAACCUUGCGCGCAAACUCCCGAAUUUGCAGAAGCUCUUUCUGACGGCCAACAGGUCUGUGUGUGACACAGACAUCGAGGAGCUCGCUGCCAACUGCACGCACUUACGGCAGCUGGAUAUAUUGGGAACGAGGAUGGUGAGCCCUGCAUCUUUAAGAAAAUUGCUGGAGUCUUGUAAAGAUCUUUCUUUACUUGAUGUGUCCUUCUGUUCACAGAUCGAUAAUAGAGUUGUGCUAGAACUGAAUGCCAACUUUCCUAAUGUGUUCAUAAAAAAGAGUUUCACCCAGUGACUCUCUACAUAUGCUGCUGUGGAACUCGUUUGACAGAGUUGUUUUCCUGUAAAUUUGUGCUGAUAUUUUUUUUUUUAAGGAGAAUAUAAAUCUGCUAUAAAAUAGUGGAAACUAUUAAUUACCUACACAAAUGGGUAAAAUACAUUUAAAUGUAUUAUGUUUCUUUAAGUUGAUAUUGUACCUGAGAAUUAUUUUGCUCUGUUAAUUGGUGGCACUGCAUGUUUUUAAAUACUAGCCAUAUGUCUGGCUUUAAUGAGAAGCAAAUGAAUAUCUUCUUAAAUGUCCCUUCACAGGGUGUUAUACACAAUAUGCUAUGUUAAUAUCCAGGUGAAAGGAGAAGUUCAAUAUUUAUCAGUAAGGAAAAUAUGGGUGCUUCCUUUUCAUGUAUUUGUGUGUGUAUAUAUAAAUGUAUACAUAUGUAUUUGUAUAUACAUACACAGAUACUGUAGCAUUCUAGUUUGGCCUGCAGCAUAAGAUUUUAUGAUCUGGCCUGUAGUUAGUUAUUUGAAAACCAGUUUAAGUGUGUAUAAGAACAGAUAGAAAAGGCACUUUGUCUUCUUCGAGUUUUGGCAAUGAAUUGUAUCUGAUAGUUUUCUCCCUUCCUUCACCUGAAAUAGAUGUAGUUAUGUUUUACAGUCCAGCCUAAGCAGCACAACAGAUAAA